GCGGCGUCGGCGGCGGCGGCGGCGCGCGGGAGCGGCGCGGGCUGGGGCGCGGGGCGCAGAAUAAUCAUGGGCCAGACUGGGAAGAAAUCUGAGAAGGGACCAGUUUGUUGGCGGAAGCGUGUAAAAUCAGAGUACAUGCGACUGCGGCAGCUCAAGAGGUUCAGGCGAGCUGAUGAAGUAAAGAGUAUGUUUAGUUCCAAUCGUCAGAAGAUUUUGGAAAGAACGGAAAUCUUAAACCAAGAAUGGAAACAGCGAAGGAUACAGCCUGUGCACAUCCUGACUUCUCUCCCAGUGGUCCAGCCACACAGUCGCCUAUUGUACCAGCUGGUUGAUUGUUCGGUGACCAGUGACUUGGAUUUUCCAACACAAGUCAUCCCAUUAAAGACUCUGAAUGCGGUUGCAUCAGUGCCCAUCAUGUAUUCUUGGUCUCCUCUACAGCAGAAUUUUAUGGUAGAAGAUGAAACUGUUUUACAUAACAUUCCUUAUAUGGGGGAUGAAGUUUUAGACCAGGAUGGGACUUUCAUUGAGGAACUAAUAAAAAAUUAUGAUGGAAAAGUCCAUGGGGAUAGAGAAUGUGGGUUUAUAAAUGAUGAAAUUUUUGUGGAGUUGGUGAAUGCUCUUGGUCAAUACAAUGAUGAUGAUGAUGAUGAUGAUGGAGAUUAUCCUGAUGAAAGAGAAGAAAAGCAGAAAGAUCUAGAGGAGAACCGAGAUGAUAAAGAAAGCUGCCCUCCUCGGAAAUUUCCUUCUGAUAAAAUUUUUGAAGCCAUUUCCUCAAUGUUUCCAGAUAAGGGCACAGCAGAAGAACUAAAGGAAAAGUAUAAAGAACUCACCGAGCAGCAGCUCCCAGGUGCACUUCCUCCUGAAUGUACCCCAAACAUAGAUGGACCAAAUGCUAAAUCUGUUCAGAGGGAGCAAAGCUUGCAUUCAUUUCAUACGCUUUUCUGUAGGCGAUGUUUUAAAUAUGACUGCUUCCUACAUCGUAAGUGCAAUUAUUCUUUUCAUGCAACACCCAAUACUUACAAGCGGAAGAACACAGAAACAGCUCUAGACAACAAACCUUGUGGACCACAGUGUUACCAGCACUUGGAGGGAGCAAAGGAGUUUGCUGCUGCUCUCACUGCUGAGCGGAUAAAGACCCCACCAAAACGCCCAGGAGGCCGCAGAAGAGGAAGGCUUCCCAAUAACAGCAGCAGACCCAGCACCCCCACCAUUAAUGUGCUGGAAUCAAAGGAUACAGACAGUGACAGGGAGGCCGGCACUGAAACAGGAGGAGAGAACAAUGAUAAGGAAGAAGAAGAGAAAAAAGAUGAAACUUCCAGUUCUUCUGAAGCGAAUUCUCGGUGUCAAACACCGAUAAAGAUGAAGCCAAAUAUCGAGCCUCCCGAGAAUGUAGAGUGGAGUGGUGCUGAGGCCUCCAUGUUCAGGGUCCUGAUCGGCACGUACUAUGACAAUUUCUGUGCCAUCGCCAGGUUAAUUGGGACCAAAACAUGUAGACAGGUGUAUGAGUUUCGAGUCAAAGAAUCCAGUAUCAUAGCUCCAGCUCCUGCUGAGGAUGUCGAUACUCCUCCAAGAAAGAAGAAAAGGAAACACCGGUUGUGGGCUGCACACUGCAGAAAGAUACAGCUGAAAAAGGACGGCUCCUCUAACCACGUUUACAACUAUCAGCCCUGUGACCACCCACGGCAGCCUUGUGACAGUUCGUGCCCUUGUGUGAUAGCACAAAAUUUUUGUGAAAAGUUUUGUCAGUGUAGUUCAGAGUGUCAGAACCGCUUUCCUGGCUGCCGCUGCAAAGCACAGUGCAACACCAAGCAGUGCCCGUGCUACCUGGCUGUCCGGGAGUGCGACCCCGACCUCUGUCUCACUUGUGGAGCUGCUGACCACUGGGACAGUAAGAACGUGUCCUGCAAGAACUGUAGCAUUCAGCGGGGCUCCAAAAAGCACUUAUUGCUGGCACCAUCUGACGUGGCAGGCUGGGGGAUUUUCAUCAAAGAUCCUGUACAGAAAAAUGAAUUCAUCUCUGAAUACUGUGGAGAGAUUAUUUCUCAAGACGAAGCAGACAGAAGAGGGAAAGUAUAUGAUAAAUACAUGUGCAGCUUUCUCUUCAACUUGAAUAAUGAUUUUGUGGUGGAUGCAACCCGCAAGGGUAACAAAAUUCGUUUUGCAAAUCAUUCGGUAAAUCCCAACUGCUAUGCAAAAGUUAUGAUGGUGAACGGCGAUCACAGGAUAGGGAUUUUUGCUAAGAGAGCCAUCCAGACUGGUGAAGAGCUAUUUUUUGAUUACAGGAAACGGUACCAUGCACUUGGUGGGCUGCUGCUGACCGAUUCACACAGGUUCACUCCCGUGCUUGCCCAGCGGCUGAGAUCCAGCCUUGGCCUUCAACACGAGUGGACCCCAUGUGUUCAUUUUCACACGUGGGCUGGUUAGGACACCCCAGUGACUGCUUGCCCCAAUAGUAUCUUCUGACACGGAGCUCAUUCCAGCCACAGCCUUUCUGCUGUUAACAGCUCCCAACCUCGCCCCAGGCGUGAACUGGAAGGUGGGUCCUUGAAGCCAGGGAGGUUCUGCUCACUUAAUAUACCAGAGACCCAAUGCCGCAUAAAGACAAAAUAAAAAUUGCAUUGAUGGAGAGCAGUAAAUUUGAGGACCAUCUGGUGUACUUUUUAGUACAGAAAUCUUUUUGGACCCUGACCUCUCCAGUGCCCUAUUUGCUGACUUCAUGAAUGAGGAUUCUCUGACCAGAAACACUUGACCUGCACCCCUUUGCUAGAUUCCAUGUGAUACAGGGCAUCUUUCAUCAGAUCCGGUCAGAUUUAGACUUUCCUUUAGUUAUAAUCAGGGGGAGGGGAGCACACAGCUUGAUACGUAAGGCAUUCAAAUACCCAAUUAAUAAAGACAAAAUUUGGGCAAAAGCUAAGUUUAAAGUAUGCUUUUUUC